AUGGAGGACGACGAAGAAAAUGGAGAUGGUCAGGUACCUGUUCAUUCCUCUGCGACAAUGGAGAAAGACGACGCAGAUGGAGCAAAUUUGGUCGAUGUUCCUGUAACGACGACAACGAUUGAUCAAAACGAAGCAACUCAAGAGUGGAGCAUUCCGGUUACUCAUCUCAGUGAAGAAGAGGCAGAAAGAUUGGCUGCGGUUCUUGUCCAGAAUGAAGAUGAAGAGGAGGAGUACUGGGAGUAUGAACUGGGAGAAAAGCCGAGCAAAGCCAACAAAAAAGAGAAAGAAUCUGAGAAUGAUGCAAUUGGUAAUGGCGAAGAAGAUGAAUCAGAGCUUGAGGAUAGGUAUGAGUAUGAAAUCGAACAAUCAGUGGCUGAGUUUGAGGAUGAGGAAGUCAUUAGGAGGAAUACUAUUCCAGAUAGCUCGGAUGAAGAUGAAGACUACUUCGAUGUUAGAAAUAGGAAACGCAAAAGAUCUGAGGAUAAACUAGAAGUGGGAACAGCUUUCUGGUCUGGGUUUGAGUUCAAAGAAGCUGUCUUGGAUUAUGCUCUUACCAAAGGUCGAAACAUUGAACAGAUCAGGUGGGAUAAGACGAAGCUUAGCUUUAAGUGUGGGAUUAGAGGUAAAUGCAAAUGGAGGGUUUACUGUGCCUUUGAUGUGCCUACUCAGAAGUGGUUAGUGAAAACAAGGUACAAAUAUCAUAGUUGUACACCCAAUGAGAAAUGUAAACUCUUGCGAAGCCCGGUUAUAGCUAGGUUGUUUCUGGAUAAAUUGAGAGAAGACAGUGAGUUAAUGCCUGAGAAGAUUCAAGAGCAGAUAAAGGAGACCUGGAAGCUCAUAUCAUCUCGGAAUCAAUGUCAACGAGGAAGAACAUUGGCGCUAAAAUGGCUGGAUAAAGAGUAUGCAGACCAGUUUGCUCACCUAAGAGGUUAUGUGCGAGAGAUUGAGAAGACCAAUCCGGGUUCGAGCGUGGUACUUGAUACUAUAAGUAAUGCAGCCAAAGAAGAUGUAUUUGAUCGGUUCUAUGUAUGCUUUGAGAAGCUUAGGAGCUUGUGGAGAGGGACAUGUAGGCCAAUAAUAGGGCUCGAUGGAACUUUUUUGAAGGUUGCAGUCAAGGGAAUAUUGCUCACUGCUGUAGGACAUGAUGCCAACAACCAGAUAUUUCCUUUUGCUUGGGCUGUGGUACAAGCUGAGUCUGCGGAUACAUGGCUUUGGUUUAUCAAGAGACUGAAGCAUGAUUUGUCUCUUGGAGAUGGCAGCAAAUAUGUUCUUCUAUCUGAUAGCUCGAAGGGACUUAUAAGCGCAAUCAAAUCAGAGUUACCAAACGCAGAGCAUAGGCGUUGUGUGAAACACAUUGUUGAAAAUCUGAAGAAAAAGCACAAGAAGAAACAGUUUUUGAAACCAAGAGUGUGGAAUCUUGCUUGGAGCUACAACAAGACACAGUUCAAGGAAGAACUUACAAAGUUACAGGAUUAUAGCAUGUCCUUGUAUGAUGAUGUGAUGAAGUUAGAACCAAAAGCUUGGUCAUUGGCGUACUACAGACUAGGGAGCUUUUGCGAGGACGUUGAUAACAAUGCGACUGAGUCUUUCAACUCCACUAUUACCGGAGCUCGAGGUAAGGCUAUUGUACCCAUGUUGGAAACAAUAAGAAGGCAAGCAAUGGUCAGAAUUGCAAAGAGACACAAGAAAUCUGAGAGGCGGCAAGAGAAGUUUACAAAAUAUGUGGUCGAGAUUCUCCUUGUACGCAUGGUGUGUUCGAGGUACGUCUCGGGAAUUCUGGUUACAACGUUAACACUUCUAGGCAAACUUGUACUUGUGGGAAGUGGCAGAUCACUGGAAUACCGUGUGAGCACACAUAUGGUGCUAUGA